AUGACUACUGAGAACAUUAACAUCACCUCCCCUCCGACAUCACCUCCCGCCAAGCGCGUCAAGACGUCUCCCGAGAGCACUACUACAACAACCACUACUACAGCAACCACCACCACUACCGCAGCAGCAAAAACAGAAACCAUGGCCGACUCCGCCGCCAGCAACACCAACGGCAGCAGCAGCGCAAACAACACAGUGGUGUCCGUGACGCUUGCCGACCAGGCGCCGCCGCUGCUGAUCAAGAAGCUGUCGGAGGCGGCGCGGCUGCCGACGCGCGGCAGCGCCUUCGCCGCGGGGUACGACCUGUACGCGGCGCGCGACACGACGGUUCCCGCGCGCGGCAAGGCGCUCGUCGACACGGACAUUAGCAUGGCGGUGCCAGCGGGAACUUACGGCCGCAUCGCACCUCGCUCGGGGCUCGCGGCCAAGAACUUCAUCGACACGGGCGCGGGGGUCAUCGACGCCGACUACCGGGGCCCCGUCAAGGUGCUGCUGUUCAACCACUCGGAUGCCGACUUUGCGGUAGCCGCGGGCGACCGCAUAGCGCAGCUGGUGCUAGAGCGCAUCUACACGCCCGAGGUGCUCGAGGUGGCGGAGCUCGAGGCCAGCGUGCGCGGCGCCGGCGGGUUCGGGAGUACCGGGACCGGUGUUAACUGA